CAACAUGAGAAUUUUGCUACGCAAAAGCUUAGACACCAUUUCAGAAGAAGAGGAGGAGAAUGUUGAGUGCAGAGAGUUUACCUUGAUAGUACCAUCACAAAAUAGCGGAAAAAGUGUGAGAGAGACAAAUGGGCUAGCAAACAAAAACAGAAACAACACUGCUGAAGACUGUGCUUUGUCCAGUGAAACCAGUCAACAUGAUACACAAACACUGCAACACAAAUCUCCUCUGCAAAGAGACACAUGUUUCCAAAAAGAACCCAUACAAGAGGCUAAAGAAACAAAACAUUUGAAACCUCUUUCUAUUGAGUCUUCAAUGCUGCAUGAUCUGCAUGAUCCAGCGUGCAAUGAAAUUGAAGAUAACGAAGAAGUUACAAGUUUUCGAAAGCUGAUUCAGAAAACUUGCGAUAAACUGUUUAAAAAAGGGAAUAAGAGACAAAUUCUGAUGAACAAGUACACAUUUUCUGAAAUCAGUAAAUACAAUUUGUCUCAAAAUGCGAAUACUACACCAGAGCCAGAUCGAGACAACGUAAAAAGUGAAUCGAAUGAAGCGGAACAGAAGGGAAAGGAAGAGAAUUUAGAGAAUCAGAUUUCAGUAGAUGAUGAAGCUGCGCCACCGCCAUUUGUUUUCACUCCUCAGUCAUCGUUUGAAGAAAAAUUUGGACACCUUUCAAUCUUUGCUCCACAGACCAGCACCCGAAGAGAAAAUGAAACCGACGCAGAAGCAGUCUCUAGGGCUAUUGUUGGUUCCAUGUUAGAGCAAUGUAUUGAAAGUGUCCAAAAACCCACAAUAAACAGUCGUCUGUCAAGUAGAAACGCUUAUCCUGUAGUGCCCAGUAUGAGCGCGGGAACCUCUGUAUCAAGGAUUAAAGGAUGCUCCAAUCAGGAAAUAGCACAUCUAGAGAGCGAGAUGGAGAAGAAAAUCUCAACUGAGAAGAGUAUUUUGGAAAGAGAGAACGAUUGCCAGUUCGGCCAUGGUGACGGCGAAGCUCUGCUGCAGACGGCAGACGACAUUGAAAUUCUCCGCCGGCAGAGAAUGGAGAGGUUACAAGAGCUGAGGAACCUUCUAGAUCAAAAGAGAGCAGAACGGAAGGCUUUCGAGAAUAAAAUGAGGAUUAAAUACGGAAUAGAGAGCGAAAAAGACUCAAAGAAGGAAAUGGCGAAAAUGGAGCAGAUCAAGGAGGAACAAGAGACGGAGGAGGACCAGGAGGGCGUGGCUAUUGUAAAGGCCCCCACCCACAUCGAUGUCCACACAGCUCCGGCCAGGAAGAGUAUAAAGAGUAUCUACCGGGAGGUGGAGUGUGUUCAGGACUCGUCCAGCACCGACAACUCCGACUUCGCAGGCACAGAUAACGAGGGAUGUGAUGGUGGCAGUGUUGUCGUUCUUUCUGAUCUCGAUCUGAGAACGUACACAGAGACCACGGAGGAAACAAACUUUGAAAACAGCUCACUCAGUACUGCCAUGGACCACUCGUCACCCACAGGUGAAACAAAGAAAGACCACUACAAAAAUCAGGUCUUUGAUAAAAUAACAAUAGCACAGGGUUCCAAAAAUGUAAAACCAAAUAUAACAAAGAAUCCUUAUGCUAAGUACGAACGCACAGGGAAGAUGGAACAGGCCCAACGUCCUUCUUCCUCACAGACACUUCCGGCGGAAGUAGAUGUUUCAGACGCCAAGUUCUGGAAGAAUCUGGACGAUGGGAAAUUUGGAAAUACCAACCAGUUCUAUUUUGAUCCAGAAGGAUAUGUCGGCCAGUGUCAGGACAUGUCACAGUGGGUCACAGAAGAUUUGUGUCCGUCUGAAGAUAACGACAUUACAGGUUUCUACGAAAACUGCUCAUAUUCUAGUGCAGUAAAUGAAGUUAAAACGGAUACAGCCAUCAGCAGCGUUGUGUUUCCCGAUGACUUGAUGGGGCGAGCAAGACCAAGGAGCAAGAAAAAAGACACCGGUUCCAAGAAAAAGUCUAAGGAAAAAAAAGAGAAGAAAUCCAAGAUCAAGGAAAACAGUAGAUCCGGGCAUGUUUCUCUUGUAGCUGAAACAGAGUCGAUUCUGCAAAAACUUGCUUAUUUCCAAAACGAGGCACAUCUCGAAGAGUCAAAGGAAGUUUUGGAAGAGAAAAGGAGGGAGCUGCGAGAUGCCGAGAAUCUUCUCUAUUUCAGGGCAAUGGCGCGAGAUGGAGGGUGGAGACCCACACUAGAACCCUUGCCCAAUCCCCACGGGAUGACAUCAGUGAAGCACUCUCGGUUGACCGGCUUUGGAACAACAAAAGAUUUCUGCAAACCAAGUGAUAUUGAUAGCAGCAUAUUUAUGGGAGGCAACCGACGGAAUGUCAGUGCUAUACCUAAUGACCCCGGAAACUACAUCAGUGAAGCCGAGGCUGAGGAAAAUAUGAUGUUCUUCAAAUAUGUCGCCAGAAACAGAUCAUUCUUCAAAUUCAAAGAAAGAGAUUAAUUAUUGUUCAUAGAAUUGUUUCAUCUGAA